AUUCAUCAACCGCCACGUUGGCCGCCGUUGCUCGGAAUCGGAAAACAUUCAACGACGAAUUCUCUCUCAUGUGGGUGUUUUGCCAGGCUCCUCCAACCAUCCAACAAUCACACUUCCCACUCCGCACGCGCCCUCCAUCUCGACUUCACUCCCACACGCGCCACCCCACCUCCAGCACUCUCCGCCCUUCCACCACCGACACCAACCACCAAAUUCAGUCUCUCUGCAAGAAAGGCCACCUCCAACAAGCCAUCAAAGCUCUCACUCAAGAACCCAAGCCAACUCAACACACCUAUGAACUCUUAAUCUUCUCUUGCACCAUUGCAAAUUCUCUCUCCGAUGCCAUUAAAGUUAACCAUCGCCUUAUCCACGAUGGGUUUGAUCAAGACCCAUUUCUGGCGACUAAACUCAUCAAUAUGUACAUGGAACUGGGUUCGAUUCAAUACGUACGCCAAGUGUUCGACGGAAUCUCUAACAGAACUAUAUAUGUUUGGAACGCCUUCUUUCAGGCUUUAACACUUAGUGGUCAUGGGAUGGAUGUGUUUGAUCUCAUCUGCUGUAUGAAUUCAGAUGGGAUUAAACCAGAUAGGUUCACUUACACUUAUCUGCUCAAAGCCUGUGUUGCAUCCGAGACUUCGGUUUCGUUGUUACCGAAAGGGAAAGAGAUUCAUGCCCACGUUUUACGACAUGGGUUCGAGCCGAAUGUUCAUGUCAUGACUACAUUGGUUGAUAUGUAUGCUAGAUUCGGGUGCGUAUUGGAAGCCAGUUAUGUUUUUAGUGAAAUGCCGACCAGAAACGUGGUUUCUUGGAGCGCGAUGAUUGCUUGUUAUGCCAAGAAUGGGAGACCCUUUGAUGCACUCCAACUGUUUGGUGAAAUGCUGCUUGAAGUUGAUGAUUUGACACCGAAUUCAGUGACGAUGGUUAGUGUUCUUCAAGGGUGUGCUGCACUUGGAGCUAUACAGCAAGGGAAGCUAUUACAUGGAUACAUACUACGAAGAGGGCUCGAUUCGGUGUUGCCAGUUAUCGCAUCCCUCGUUACUUUAUAUGCAAGAUGUGGUGAUCUCGAAAUGGGAAGGCGGGUUUUCGACCACAUGGUUAAGAGAGAUGUUGUUUCGUGGAAUGCUAUGAUCUCGGGUUACGGAAUGCAUGGGUUCGGCAAAAAGGCAAUUGAAGUUUACACCGCAAUGUUGUGUAACAAGAUCGCCCCGAGUCCUAUAUCGUUUGUGAGCGUUUUAGGAGCUUGUAGCCAUUCGGGGCUUGUAGACGAGGGGAGGAGGUUGUUUGAAUCUAUAACGAAAGAUCAUAGCAUGCGACCCACCGUUGAGCACUACGCUUGUAUGGUGGAUCUUCUUGGUCGAGCCAAUCGGUUAGAUGAAGCAGCCAAGAUUAUACAAGAUAUGAGGAUCGAACCCGGGCCUAAAGUUUGGGGUGCUCUUCUUGGAUCAUGUAGGAUUCAUGGCAACGUUGAGCUUGCCGAGAGGGCAAGCAAGAGACUUUUUGAACUCGAACCUACCAAUGCAGGAAACUAUGUACUUUUAGCCGAGAUUUACGCAGAGGCUCAGCUGUGGGACGAAGUGCAAAGAGUGAAGAAGCUGUUGGAAGCUCAAGAACUCCAAAAGAAAUCUGGGUGUAGUUGGAUUGAAGUGAAAAGAAAAAUAUACUCGUUUGCAUCAGUUGACGAGUUUAAUCCUCACAUUGAGCAACUACAUGCUUUCUUGAUCAAAUUAUCGAUGGAGAUGAAGGAUCAAGGGUAUAGGCCGGAGACUAAAGUCGUGAUGUAUGAAGUGACAGAGGAGGAAAAGGAAAGGAUUCUAUUGGGUCAUAGCGAGAAACUAGCGGUCGCAUUUGGGCUGAUUAAUAGCUCUAGAGGAGAAACUAUUAGGAUCACGAAGAACUUGCGGUUAUGUGAAGAUUGUCAUUCCGUUACAAAGUUUGUGUCUAAGUUUGCGAAUAGAGAGAUUCUGGUCCGCGAUGUGAAUCGCAUACACCAUUUCAAAGAUGGGGUUUGCUCAUGUGGGGAUUAUUGGUAAUGUUUGUAAGGAUACCAAGGCUAUGUCACAAACUACUAUUGGCUGAAAACUGAUAUAAACUCCUGAUCUUUAUAAUCAACAUGGGUUUCU